GCGGUGCCUGGAGUACACAAAGUCGAACCCUUCCGUCGCCAGCUUUGCUCCGUCUCAAUUGCUCGCCGCCUCCAUUUUUUCCGAUGGUCCGCGCGUACGCGCAGGAGCACGUGUACCGGCACCCUUGGGAUCGGGUCACCGCGGCGGCCUGGCGCAAAUUCACCGACCCGGAUACCCCGGCCGUGCUCUCCCACAUCGUCGACGUCCAUACCCUCUCCCGCCGCCUCGACCCCGCCGCCGGCCGCCUCCACAUCACCCGCUCCAUCACCGUCCGCUCCCCACCCCUCCCCUUCCUCCUUCGCCGCGCCCUCAGUGGCCAGGACGCCGUCAUCUGCCACUGCGUCGAGUCCUCCGUGGUGGACGCGCGCGCCCGCUCCAUGGACAUCGUCGCCCGCAACGCCACCCUCCGUGGGCUGAUCGAGGUGGAGGAGCGCUCCUCCUACCGCCCGCACCCGGACCACCCCGACGGAUGGACGCUCUUCCGCCAGGAGACCAGCAUCCGCUGCCGCCCGCUCGCUGCCCUCGCCGCCAUCGCCGAGAAGGUCGAGCACCGCUGCGCCGAGCGAUUCCUCCAGAACAGCGUCAAGGGGAGGGAGGUCGUCGAACGGAUCUGCAAGUACCUCGAGGCCGAGUCGUCGGCCGCCGCCUCUUGCUGAUGCCCACUUUUUUCUGAUUGCGACCCCGGAGUGGAUAUUCUCUUAUGGCCAAAAGGUAGAAUAAAAAACCUGCGAGUUGGAAUGAGUUUAUUUUGCUGAUAAGUGAUGUCUGCAAACAUGGCACUCAGGCUGGUACCACAAAGCAAGGGACUUAUAGUUGCACAAAUGGUUGAGACACAGGAUGCAUGAUUGCAGAAGGGAACAAGCAGGUGCAAGGUAACUUUUCAAGUGUGAUUCCUGAAAUAGAGAUUCAGACAGCUCAGACCUGUAUUAUAAUUCACAUCUUAUUGCGAACUCAACUUUGGAAUUGGACUAGGAACACCGGUACCUUAAAACUUCCUGAUAUUUUUAGCUGACAUGAUAACACCCCCAGACCCACUUUCUAUUGGUACGCAGAACCGAUAAGGAUGCAAGCCAUACUUUUUAACGACAACAGAGGAUAAAAAAAUCCUAAUAUAUUCUCAUUUUAUCAGGUUAGCUAAAUAUGCAUGAAUCGUUAUGCAUUACUUAGCAGGCGAUAGCAUUGUAGAAGUGAUAGAGUGAAUGUGCAUGGUGAUAUACUCACUGAUUGCACUUCCCAGACUAAUUUCAACUGACAAAGGACAUACAAAGGAGCAGGAGCAGACUGCAGAAGACCUAGUGGUGAAAAGGUCAAAUUCUAAGAUGUUGUCCCAAGCAUGUGAACUGAUCCAAAGUCUACUGCUCUAUUGGGUAUGAAGGAUAGAUUAAAGGAUGGAUGGAUGAGAAAAAAAGAUAGAUGAAAGAGAGGAUAGAUGGAAGAUUCAUCCAUCUUCCUGUCUGUUUGGUAAAUAUAGAAGGAUGGAUGAGAAUAAUUUCUUUCUCUAUUUGGUAUAAAAAAAA